AGUUUUUUUUCCUGAACUCGUCCAAUGAGAACAGCUGCUCGGGGUCACGUGACACCGUUUUUUACAUAACAGGGUUUUUUUUUCUACACUUCUUGGUCCGCUGAGAGAUAUCGGUGUUCCCUGGACUUGACCGCGAACAUUCAGAGCAGUUUGUUGUUCAGCAGCCUGGAGACUGGAGGUGAAUGGCAGCCGCGGCACCGAGCAGUCCUGCUCCACAUAGGUGAAGCGGGACACUUCCAGUAGACAUGCUCCGUAUGGGGACUGAAUGUGAGAGCAUGCUGCAUUUGGCAGCUGAAGCUUUCCAGGCGAACAACUUCGAGCUGGCGGCGGAUAUUUACCAGUGCCAGCUGGCGUGUGUAGGGGACCCGGGGAGCCGGCUGGAGCUGUUGGUGAAGCGGGCUGACGCGCUCGCCUUUGGGGGCAAAAUCGCAGAAGCUUUCGAGGUGUACCGACAAGCCUCUGAGAUAGACAAACUCAAACCUGCUCACCUGUCCAACCUCGUAGAUUACCUGUCGGACAGUAUCCGGAGACAGGACCGGGGUGGGAUUCAUGGCAGCCGCUGGAGGACGGGGAAGGAGCGUGGCGUCCCGGGUAGCGGGUUUGAGGACUUCUCCUGCGGGAUAUGUCUGAGCUUUCUGUUCGAGCCGGUGACUUUACCGUGCGGUCACUGUUUCUGUAAGAAAUGCCUGGAGAGGGAGAGGAAGGAGAAGGAGAGGCCGGUGAUGUGUAAGGAGUGCAGGGACAGCUCCAAGGUGGCCGACCUCCAGACUUAUAGGGUAAAUGUGGUGCUCAGCAGCCUGCUGGCCAAGUGGUUCCCCACCUUCCACCAGGCCGACCGGCUGAGGCGGGAGGGGAACGGGCUGUACGCCGAGAGGAAGAUGGAAGCUGCGCUAGAGAAGUACAACCAAGCUAUUCUGACAGCACCCACAGACCACAUCCUGUUCAGUAAUCGGUCUCAGAUCCACUCCAGUCUGAAGCAGCAUGACAGGGCCCUGAGGGACGCUGAGAUGGCCUGCAGACUGAUGCCCUUCUGGUCCGAGUGUCAUGUUCGUAAGGCCCAGGCCUCGGUGUCAUUGGGCAGGACUGAGAAUGCUCUGAGAGAAUACCUGAUCUGUCUGUCCAUAGAGCCAGACUGUAGGCUGGCUAAGACUGAGGCUCACAAACUUCUUAGUGACUUCCUGGCUCCGGUCACGGAUCAGGUUCCUGAACACAUCUCGGACUGCACCAACUUCCUGUCUUCCAGAGCACACAUCAAAAACAGCAUCAUUGAACCUGUCCAGACCCUGAGUCCUGGCUUGUCGUCUUCAGAAUCCCCUCCCUCAGCAGCUAGGUGGUCAGAUGGGAGUCUCGGAAAAACGAAGUCACAUCUCCUCAAACGGAAACGAAGGAGCACCGAAGAGGAGGAGGAACCACAGGAGGAAAUCAGCUACCAGAAGAAAUUCAAGUGUGAGCCACUGCUGGGCCUGAAUUCUCUGGGCUCUGUGUCCAGUGACCUCUUGGACCCAACAGAUCUGGAGUGUUCCCUCUGUAUGAGACUGUUCUACGAGCCGGUAACAACACCAUGCGGGCACACUUUCUGUCUGCAGUGCCUGGAGAGAUGUCUGGACCACAACCCCAGGUGUCCACUGUGCAAAGAGGAGCUGUCUGAGUACUUGGUCCAGAGGCAGUAUUGUAAGACAGUAUUAAUAGAGAACCUGAUAUCCAAGUAUCUUCCUUCUGAGUUCAUUGAAAGACAGAAAAUACACGAGGAGGAGAUGGCUGAGCUCUCCAAUCUCAACAAGAGCGUGCCUAUAUUCGUGUGCACCAUGGCCUUCCCCACUGUGCCGUGUCCCCUCCACAUCUUCGAGCCCUGCUACCGACUGAUGAUCCGCAGGUGCAUGGAGACGGGAACCAACUGCUUCGGCAUGUGUCUGGAGGACGACCUCAAAGGGUUCGCCGGCUAUGGGUGUCUGCUGGAGAUCCGCAACGUCAAAUUCUUCUCGGACGGCCGAUCAGUGGUGGACACGAUUGGCAGACGGAGGUUCAAAAUCAUUCAGCACCGUGAGAGGGAUGGCUACAACACAGCUGAUGUAGAGUACCUGGAGGAUGUGAAGGUGGAGGGCUUAGCAGAGCGUGAGCUGCAGUCGCUACAUGAUGCAGUGUAUGACCAGGCUCUGGUCUGGGUCAACUCUCUUAAAGCUGAGCAGAAGCAACGCAUCGAAGGACACUUUGGACCAAUGCCUAAGAAAGACCCUGAACUCCAGGCUAGCCCCAACGGCCCCUCGUGGUGCUGGUGGUUACUGGCUGUUCUCCCUCUAGAGGGCCGGGCCCAGCUGCCGUUCCUCGCCAUCACCUCCCUGAAAGAUCGCCUCAGCGGCAUCCGCAAGGUUCUUCUCUUCAUGUCGCAGAGCAGGCCCCGGUGAACUGAUAAAUGCAGUCUACAAGCUACGCACAAGCACACACCCUCCCUCAGAGCAGCUGAUGACCAGUUCUUCCGUUCAUCGCACAAAUACCAGCCCCAGCUGCACUUCAACAGCAAACUUUAUAAAACAAGGAAACAUAAGGAAUAUGUUAAUCAAAUAUCUUCCAUGCAAAACCUUUGCUCGGCAGCAAAGCACUGAGGGUGGAGGACACGCAGAGCUGAGCUAUGUUCAGACAGGAGGCGGUGAAUGACUUAAAGUGCAUCACAAUGUAGGUUUUAAUCAGGUUUUGUCACUAAGGUGCAGUAUAUUGUUAAAGCGCUCACUCUGAUUUUCUCUUUGACUGUUCUUUGAAUUCUGUGAAGAGUCUCUGUGUCAUCUGUCCAGGUUCCCCUGAUGCCCCUCUGGGCCUCCUCCUUUUCUUGCAGCAGUCUCUAGUUUAGUUGGAGCUAAAUCCAGCUGCUUAUGUGAACGUAGCUUUAAAAUGACACCAAAACAAGCUCUUCCAGUUCAGAUACAUUUCAAUCCAUCUGGUUUAAAUUAAAUCAAUCAUUAAUCUGUUUAAAUGGACCUAAACUGAAGAGAACAUUCAACAUGUGUUUAUAUGUUAGUGCAUUCAAGACAUUGAAUUAGUUUAGUAUCACUAGGCUUUAAAGAUUAUUACUCUAACAAUAAAAAUAUAAAAAUGUGUGUGCAGAAUGCCAGAAUUAUGAGUUUCAAAGCCAUAAUUCUGCUUUUGAAAUGUUGAAAUUCUGACUGACUGACUUUCAUAAUGGUUUUAAAAAUUACACAACAGGGACUUUAAAACUGAUAAUUAUGGCAUUGAAAAACUGAUAAUUAUGUACUAUGUAACUAAAUAUUACUUUUCAUCUCAUAAUUAUGCCUUUUUUCAAGUUGCUGAAAUGGGCUUCCAUGUCCUUCUUUCUUCCAACUGUCCUCCUUCCUUGAUCCCACCAUUUGUCUCUUUUUCAUCCAGUUAAAUAACAUCAGACUGAACCUUCAUGGCUUUAAGGCUCCUGAUUUUGUUGGACUUUCAUUUUUUAUUAACCAUUAUUUAUUUGGUUGUUAUUUAUGCAUGAGGUGACAUUGUUUACAUUACACAAUAAAAGAGAUACUGAGCUGCUCACUUUCCUCUGAUCCAACCUCUCUUAUUUAAUACUCAAAUUAUCAGUAUGAAGCUUUAAAAGAAAUUCAUGAAAGCUGCUUUGGAAAGUUUUUGGAAAAUCCUAUUUUAGGGAAGAUUAUUUAGAUGACUGGUGUCCUGAAACAAAGGAAACAUUUUACUGGACAUUUAACAUAUUAAAAUAUUCUUUCAUCAGCCGUUUCUGUUGAAGGAAACAAGCAUUCCCAUAAACAAUUUGAAUACUGUUCUCUAUUCAUUGACUUUAUUUGACCAUCCUUUUUAUUUUAAGGACAAUUGAUGUGUAAAGAGUUUUCUGUCAACCAGUGAAUCUAAAAGUGAUCCCCAACGUGUGCAUUUUGCAGCGAGGAAAGGCUGGUGCCUUUUAUCCACACACAAGGAGUAGAUCCAUUCACAAACCUUUAUCUCAGUGUUCCUGGAAAGCAGGUCAACACAUUUAAAGCAGAUUUAAAACAAAUGAAACAUGAGGAAACACAUUUUUGGGGGAAAAAUAUGUUGCUGAAAAAAUCUUGAGGCCUUGCUCUGUGUUAUGAUUGUUUUUAAAUGCAAAAGCAAAUCUUUGAAAAACAUAAGAGAUUGUUUAGCUUUACCUGUUAAAAUAUUUUAUUUUGUAUACAAAUGUUUGAUUUUUUUACAUGUUUCUAUGUCAACAUAGUUAAUGUAAUUAAUUUUUUCUUCACUUAUUUGUGUGUUUGUCUGAUGUGUCAAUGUACGUAAAAUGUCUUGUCAAUUCAUUCACAUUGUAAUAUUUUUGAAAGGGCCAAAGCAAUGUAAAACUGGACAUUAAGGAACCAGGAAUAUUGUAGAAGGUUGCAAUACAAUUACAUGUACAGUAAAUAGAGCAUUUAGGCAUGGGCUGGUAUUAGAUUCUCACAGUAUGACAUCUGUACUGUGAUCGUCCAUGUUUUUAACAAGCAGAAAUAUUUCCAAACAGCUAUUAUUCUUAUUCCUGAAUCCGAGGGAAAAAUAUAGUAGCCUUCUCAACCAGCUGACCAGCAGUGCACAGCAGUGGGUGCACUAAUUCCGUAGGAACAGUGUGACAGAAAAUGUCUGAAAAGCAUAACUUUUUAAUCCCCUGGUACACCUUGAUGUCGACUACAUGCCCAUGCCUAAUGGCACUGUUAGGUAUUGAGUGAUAGAUCUACUGGAAGAUGGUUGUCUAGACUGGCAUUUUACCAGUUAUUCUCAAUACAAGGUAAUUGUCUCCUAUAAUUAGUGUUUUUCAAUGUUAUUAAUAGAAACUGGGAAAGUCAUUGCUAACAUGGGCAGGACAGGAAAGGGAACAUGUACACUAAUUAUAGACAUGUCCAAUGUAAAAUCACAUAAAUUAGAAAUAUCUGGUCUAUCACUUGUGUUCGGAUUGAUUCAUACAGGUCCAUAUGUUCAGUGAGUGAAAUAUAAAUAUAUAUAUAUAUAUAUAUACACACACACAUGUGUGUUACCAAUGAAAUAAACACAUGUAGCAAUAAUAAAGCUUGAACAUUUUACUUGCAUCUUG